UGGCCACAGAGUUCCCUGGGGACCCCAUGGACCUUUCCAGAAGCUACCACCCCAUCUACCCCAACAUUCAAGAGGGGUCCAGCACAGCUUACUGUUCUCCGUGGUCCAGGAGUUAUUAGCCACCCCCUGUUCCUAUUUUUCGUCCACCAAGUCAUAUUCUCUCUUCCUCAUCAUCCUCACUCUGGACAACGGCCCAUUCCAUUUCUGCCCCAUCCAUUGAACCCUAUUAGACAGCCUCCACCCUUUCUAGGCUUUCCAAAUUCACCAUUCCAACAAAUAUUUAACCGUCCCCCUUUUCGCCCCAUUCCACCUCAACACGUAAUUACAAAAACUCCUGUAGCUAUAAAACCUAUCCCUGCAGAAGCCACCACUACUCCACCAACUGUCACCACUCCCACAGAAUCCACCACCAAAACAGUCACUACCAAUUCAGUAGAACCAACCACCACCACCACCACUACUCCUACAGAAUCCACCACUGCCACAACAACCACAUCAAUAGCACCCACUACAACAGCAACCACCAUCACUUCCACAGAACCCGCCACCACAACAGCAACCAUUACCACUACAGCAGAAUCUACCACCACAUUAGCAACCACCACCACUUCCACAGAAGAGACUACAACUGCAACCAACAUCGGUACCACAGAAGCCACCUCCCCGACAACCAUUAUCACUUCUACAGAACCAACUACAGCAACCACCACCACAACAGAAGCCACCACCUCCUCAACAGAACCUAACCACUUUGUCAACAGACCUCACUACCACAACACCAGCAGCAACCACCACAGCAUCUGCCACAGCUACUAGUCAAAUUAACACAACCCCUCCCUCUACCACAUUGCACGUGACAACUCCCAAUCAAGCUGCAUUAAAUGCUUUCCGGGACCUUUGGGAACAAUUCCUUUCAUCCUUAAAUAUGAAAAAUAAGAAUUGAUAUUUCUGAAAUCUCUGAGCUCUGAGCUCAUAGAAAAAAUGAAAUCCAAUUAUUUCAUUGGAAUCAACCCUGAUCUAACUAGCACACCAAGAAAUAAAAUAAAGUACUAUUGAGCAACAA